AUGCGUCUCCUCAAGUCUCAAAUCGACCAGAAGAAUGGCUCAGGCUUCGCAACAUUACUACCAGAAGAGCCAGAAGACAUGUGGCACGCCUACAACCUCAUCCAGCCCACCGACCUCCUCCGCGCCCGCGCGAUCCGCCGCGUCUCCAAAACCUCCGACUCGGGCUCCGUCGCCUCGCAACGCAUAGCCCUCGACCUCACCAUCGCCGUCACAUCCACCGACUUCGACAUCGGCUCCGGCCAGCUGCACGUCGCAGGCCGCGUCGCCUCGGAAAAUGAGUGGGUAAAGCUUGGCUCACACCACACGCUAGACCUUGAACUGAAUCGCAAAUUCACACUCGAGAAGGGCGAUGGUUGGGAUAGUGUGGCACUGGAGAUGCUGCGGGAGGCGUGCGAGACGGAAAGAAGGGCGGAGCUGUGGGCCGUCGUGAUGGGCGAGGGUAUUGCGAAUAUUUGUCUGAUUACCGAGCAUCAGACGAUUUUGAGACAGAGGGUGGAGGUACCGGUGCCGCGCAAAAGAAAAGGAGGCAUUGAUGGGCACGACAAGGGCAUGGAGAAGUUUUUCUCCACCACUCUAUCCACACUACUACGGCAUCUCGAUCUCUCGAAUAAGGGCAUCAAUCAGGAUAAAACGGUCCCGCUGCUACUCGCAAGCCCGGGCUUCGUUGCGCAGAGUUUCCUAGCCUACAUCAAGGACGAAGCGACACGGGCGACGAACAAGCCCCUACUCGCGCUCAUACCCUCAAUCCUAGUCGCCCACUCCUCAGGUCCACACGUCCACACCCUCUCCGAAGUCCUCGCCUCCCCCGCCAUAACCGCAAAACUGUCCGACACCAAAUACGCGCGCGAAACAGCGCUGAUGGAUAAAUUCAUGACGCUGAUGCGACAAGACGACGGGCGCGCGUGGUACGGCCCUAAAGAAGUAGAAAAAGCGGUGGAAAAGGGCGCGGUAGGGAGAGGGGGCGGCGUGCUUAUGAUUUCGAACGCAUUAUUCAGGGCACAGAACGUUGCAGAAAGGAAACGCUGGGUGACGCUGGUAGAUAGGGUAAGAGAGGUAGAAGGUGGUGAAGUGCGCGUCCUAAGUAGUUUGCACGAGAGCGGGAAGAGAUUAGAAGGGCUGGGAAAUGUAGCUGCUAUUUUAACGUUUCCGCUGGAGGACCUAGAUGAGGAGGAAGACGAGGUGGAGAACGGGGCGGAAGGGGAUGGGGAGGAGAUGGUCAUUUGA